UGCGCUGGCGGCCGGGGGGGCCGGCGGAGCGCUCACACCAUGACAUCAGCGCGGCGCGGCCCCGGGGGAGCGGGCGGGGGGCGGGAGCCGGAGCGGCGGCAGAGCGGAGCGGCGGAGCGGCGCGGCGCGGAGCGCGGCCCCGGGCAUGCUCCCGGAGCCCAAGUAUGACCGCUUCCGCGACGAGCCGCUGACCGCCCCCAUGCCGUCGCCGGCCCCCGGGCCCUGCCCCGCGGCGGGCGAGGAGCCCGAGCCCGGCACCACCUUCUGCGCGCUGCUGCCGCGGAUGCCGCAGUGGAAGUUCCCCGCUCCCGCCGGCUUCCUCGGCCGCGGCCCCGCCGGCGCCGGCCGGGAGCUCUCCGCUCCGGCCCGGGCGGGCGGCACCGCGGCGGCGGGGGCCCCCUCGGCGCUGGCCGCCGUCCUGGGAGCCUGCGAGCCGCUCUGCGCCGCGCCCUGCUCGGUACCGGGCGGUGGGCGGCCCCGGGGGGCGGCGGGGCGGGCGGCGCGGGCGGAGGCGGCCCGGCCGGCCGGGGAGGAGUGGAGCCGCAAAGGCAGCUUCAUCCGGAAGCCGGCGCAGGGCUGGCUGCACCCCGACGAACGGGUGCUGGGGCCCGGCGUCUCCUACAUCGUCCGGUACAUGGGGUGCAUCGAGGUGCUGCGCUCCAUGAGGUCACUCGACUUCAACACCCGGACACAGGUCACCAGGGAAGCCAUCAACAGACUGUACGAGGCGGUGCCGGGCGUGAAGGGCAUCUGGAAGAAGAAGGCUCCCAACAAAGCCCUCUUUUCCAUCCUGGGCAAGAGCAACCUCCGCUUCGCUGGCAUGAGCAUUGCAGUGAACAUCUCCGUUGACGGGCUGAACCUCAUGAUCCCCACCACGCGCCAGAUCAUCGCCAACCACCACAUGCAAUCCAUCUCCUUUGCCUCCGGCGGGGACACGGACACCACGGACUACGUCGCCUACGUCGCCAAGGAUCCCAUCAACCAGAGAGCCUGUCACAUCCUGGAGUGCUGCGAGGGGCUGGCGCAGAGCGUCAUCAGCACAGUGGGACAGGCCUUCGAGCUGCGCUUCAAGCAGUACCUGCACAGCCCCCCCAAGGUGGUGGUACCCCCGGACAGGGCACUGGGUGCGGAGGAGUCAGCCUGGGGAGAGGACGAAGAGGCAUCUGAGCAUGAUUACUACAACAGCAUCCCGGGGAAGGAGCCACCCCCGGGGGGGCUGAUUGACUCCCGGCUCCAGCACGGCACAGUCUUGGGCCACAUCCGCACUCAGCCCUCCAGCUCCGGCCCCCCCAGCCAGGGUGGGUUUGCAGCCAGGCGAGACCAGAGCAGCCAGCCGGGACCACCUUGGGACCUGGAGAGCCAGGGCCAGCCCUGCGACGGGUACCUGCAGGCGGACAGCCACCCCCCGGGGCCACGGGACUACGAGGAGCACAUGUACGUGAACACGCAGAGCCUGGAUGCCUGGGAGCCGGAGGCAGCAGCUCGUGGGGCACCGGAGGAGAGCCCCAAAAAGGACCUCUUUGAUAUGAGGCCAUUCGAGGAUGCCUUGAAGCUCCAUGAGUGCAUUGCGGGGGGUGGCAUCAGCCCCCCCAUUGAGGACCAGUGGCCGAGCCCCCCCACACGGAAGGCCCCCAUCGCCCCCACGGAGGAGCAGCUCAAGCGGGAGCCGUGGUACCAUGGGAAGAUGAGCCGGCGAGAUGCCGAGCGGCUCCUGCAGAUGGACGGGGACUUCCUGGUGCGGGACAGCCUCACCAACCCGGGGCAGUACGUGCUGACUGGCAUGCACAGCGGGCAGCCCAAGCACCUGCUGCUGGUGGAUCCCGAGGGAGUGGUGAGGACCAAGGACGUGCUGUUUGAGAGCAUCAGCCACCUCAUCAGCCACCACCGGCAGAACGAGCAGCCUAUCGUGGCCGCAGAGAGUGAGCUGCACCUCCGCCAGGUUGUCCAGAGGAAGCAGUGAUGCCGGGGGGUACGUGAGCCCCCGACCUGCUCCCCUGGCACUGGACUCGCCUCAGCCCUGGGGCAAAACUGAGCUGUGCUCCCCUCUUCUGAUUGUCCCUGGCAUCUGGGGGAGGAAAAGCCCCCCCCCUCCAGGGUCAGGUUCCCUAUCCUCCUCCCCAGCGGGCCCUCGAGGUCUCUGGCCCCAAAAGGACUCACCCCCCAUCCACACUGUCUCCCCUCCAUCGUUCGCACGGGGCCCCUCACCCAGCUGGACACAAAGAUGCUUAUUCCACACGCGCAGGUGAAACGCUGCUGGGAUGGGAGCCGAUGGGCAGCCUCGCCAAGAGGGGCAGAGCCCGAUCCUUGGGUGGGGCCUGUGUAGGCAUCGCUGUGGGGUUGCCCUGUCCCCCUCCUGCCCCGGGUCCUGUGUGCCCCCAGCUCCUGGGACUGCCAGCCCCCGCUGCCAAGUGCUGCAGCCCUCAGGGCCAGCUCCAACCUGGCACAAGGAAUCGGUCUCUGGAUGAUGACAGAGCAAACGGGGUCAGGGCUGGUGUCAGGAGCCUCGUCCCAGGGUGGGAUGGGGUGAGCAAGCUUUGCGUGUGCGUAUGGGUGUGCAUGUGUGCAUAGGUAUGCGAGGGGCAGCCAGGGGACCAGCCCCUUGCCCACAGAGCUGUGCCUCUUGCCCAGCGCUGCUGCUCAGGACCCAGCUCCCUGCCUCAGUCCCCCCUCUCUGCCAGGACAUUCGGGGGGUACCCCUCUCCAUGGGGUCCCCUGUCAGCAGGGGCUGUAGACCCUGGUUUGGCUCUGCCCACGGGGCUGGGCACAAACAUCUCUUGGAGGCCGGUGCUGCUGGAUUUCCCUGUUGGUCCCACAUUUCCAGCUGGAUUCUCCCCAGGAGUGGCUGCCAUUCAAGGCUCCCAGCGGCCCCGAGCCCCCACAGCCCCCCCUGGGCUGGGGCCAGGACGAAGCUGCUGCAGGGAAGACGCAGGCAGGCGCAGAGCUACCAGAACUGGCUCUUAAGGCUGGGGCUUCCGGGAGGAGAGGCAUCCCAUGGCCCCCGGGAACCCCCCCAGCCGGCUUGGGGCUUUGGCAGGUUUUUAUGGCACACACGGCCCCCUCUCCAGCGUGUCUGGCGCUUGGCAUGGGUUCGUAGUUUGGAAUACGUUUCUAAUUAAACCUGGAAAUGAGGAAGGCA